AUGGCCGACAACGGAGUUCAAAUACUUAGUCAGGCCGAACUUAUGGCCCAGAUGGCAGAACUGCAAGCGGAAGUCAAGAGACUAGCCGAGCUAUCCACUCAGCGCAACAAAAAAGAGGAAGGCAACUCCAAAGAUUCCACUCAAGGAGGGGCCGAGCUUAUAGGUGUCAACCCACCCAAGGAAAAGCUGACCUUGGACAACCCGUUUUCUGAAGAGAUUACGAACUUUCAGAUGCCAAAAAAUUUCACGCUUCCUUCCUCUCUUGAGCCAUAUAAGGGGAUUGGUGACCCCCGGGCUCACAUUAAGAAAUUUCAAUCUAUGAUGUUUUUUAACGGACCUAAUAAUGAUCCUGUGCUUUGCAGAGCUUUCCCUACCUAUCUAGACGGGGCCGCCCUACUUUGGUUCUCAAAAUUGUCUGCAGGAUCAAUCGCUUCCUUCGAAGAUCUAGCUAGGUCAUUCAUCGACUAUUUUGCAGCAGCUCGGAUCUAUGUACAUGGAUCACACUAUCUAAGCACCAUCCGCCAGGGCCCGCAGGAAAGUUUAAAAGAUUACAUUACAAGGUUCACAGAUGCCACCAUGGAAAUACCCGACUUAAAUCCUGCCGUCCACCUACACGCCCUUAAAGCCGGACUCAGGCCCGGAAAAUUCAGAGAAAUAAUCGCGGUUACCAAGCCAAAAACACUGGACGAAUUCCGAGAAAGGGCAGCCGGACAAAUGGAGAUCGAAGAACUUCGAGAGGCCGACAAAUCCGAAAGGAGACCAAGAAAGGAGGACGACAGGCCCUCCAGAUCGGUGAACGCCAGAGACCUCGGCAAACCAUUCAAGCUUACUCCGAAAUUCGAUAACUACACCAGAUUCAAUACGAAGAGAGAGAAGAUAAUCAAGGAGAUACUGAACGCCAAGAUUAUAAAGCCACCGACCAGAGCAUGGAGCUAUCAAGAUCAGCGAUUCGUUGACAAAAGCAAGCACUGUGCCUUCCACCAGAAAUAUGGUCACACCACUGACGAAUGCGUGAUAGCCAAAGAUCUCUUGGAAAGAUUAGCACGACAGGGCCUCUUGGACAAAUACAUCGAGGGCGGAAAACACAGGGAAAGUAACAAAGAAGAACAUCAUCAAACCUCGGUCAGCAAAGAAACCAACAAAUGGUCGAACAACAAUCCACCCAAGGGGAUAAUAAACUGCAUAUCCGGAGGAUUCGCUGGCGGCGGCAAAACAAGCUCGGCACGAAAGCGGAGCUACCGUGCGAUGUUAGCAAUCGAAGGAACGACACCACCAAACAACAAAGAUAUUCAGGAUUUAGAAAUCACUUUCAACCAAGCUGAUAUAUGCUCAGCCGCUCCUCACACAGACGACCCAGUAGUAAUUUCUAUUCAGACAGGUGACCUUAUGGUAAGAAAAGUCCUUUUGGAUCCAGGUAGUAGUGCCGAUGUUCUUUUCCAUUCUACUUUCUUAAAAAUGAAUCUAUCUGAAAAACUAAUACAGCCCUCAUCCGGAGAAUUAGUAGGAUUCUCUGGCGAGAGAGUACCAAUCAAGGGGUACAUAUGGCUAAGGACGACGAUGGGAAACAAUCCAUUAUCAAAAACCUUAGACAUACAAUACCUGAUAGUUGACUGUCCCAGUCCCUACAAUAUUAUCCUCGGACGGCCUGCUCUGAAUAUGUUCAGGGCAGUCGUAUCUACUUACCAUCUGUGUGUUAAGUUUCAGGCGCAGGAUAACAAAAUAGCGACAAUGCACUCUGAUCGACAACAAGCUCGGCAAUGCUACAACGCUAGCUUAAAAAGAUCGGACGUAAACCGGAAACAAGGGGAGGUCCAUUCAAUAAAUGGCUCAGAAAUCUUGUCUUUGGCCGAGCUUGACCCUCGAGGGGAUGCGCAGGAAAGACCUCAGCCGGCAGAUGAGCUACACGAAAUCCAGCUAACAAAGGUGCCGGGACAGGUAACCUACAUCGGCCAAGCACUAAGAGGUCAGCAAAGAUCGGAACUGAUCAAAUUAUUACAAGAAUACGCCGACUUAUUCGCUUGGACCCCGGCGGAUAUGCCUGGCAUUAGCCCAGAUAUCAUCUGCCACAGGCUAGCCACGAACAAGACAAGCCGACCUAUAGCCCAGAAGAAGCGAAACCUCGGCAACGAGAAGUCAAAGGCGGCCUUAGAAGAAACGGAGAAACUCCUCAAAGCUAACUUCAUUAAGGAAAUCCGCUUCACCACAUGGCUCUCAAACGUGGUAAUGGUAAGGAAAAGCUCAGGUAAGUGGCGCAUGUGCGUCGACUUUUCAGAUUUGAACAAAGCAUGUCCUAAGGACGCUUACCCCCUACCAUGCAUUGAUAAACUUGUGGACAACGCCUCAGGUUUUAACAGCUUGAGCUUCAUGGAUGCAUACUCUGGGUACAACCAGAUUCUAAUGCACCCAGAAGACCAAAGCAAAACAGCAUUUAUAACUGAACAUGGUAAUUUCUGUUAUAGAGUUAUGCCGUUUGGCCUAAAGAAUGCAGGUGCAACCUACCAGCGCCUGAUGGACAAAGUAUUCCGACACCAAAUAGGUCGGAACAUCGAGAUCUAUGUGGAUGAUAUGGUCGCCAAGUCAACUAAAGAUCGGUCACACUGCGACGACCUCAAGGAAAUAUUUGAACAGAUCCGGACAUACAAUAUGAGAUUGAAUCCAGAGAAAUGCGCCUUUGGAGUACAAGGAGGAAAGUUCCUAGGCUUCAUGUUGACUUCCAGAGGAAUCGAAGCAAACCCUGAGAAAUGCAAGGCUAUACUCAACAUGACAAGCCCCAAGACAAUAAAGGAAGUACAGCAACUAGCAGGAAGGAUAGCCGCCCUCUCCCGAUUCUUACCCGCGGUAUCAACUCGGUCACAUCUAUUCUUCCAGACGAUCUUAAAAAACAAACAGUUCCAAUGGACACCCGAGUGCGAGACGGCGUUCGCCGAACUUAAGACCCUUCUAUCAUCACCUCCCGUUCUACAAAGACCUGAAGUCGGCAAGCCACUGUACCUAUACCUAUCUGUUUCCAAUCAUUCCAUAAGCUCGGCUCUCGUCGUUGAGACAGGAAGGAUUCAACAGCCAGUGUACUUCGUCAGCAGAGUAAUGCAACCAACAGAGCAAAGGUACCCUAAGAUAGAGCAGCUCGCCCUUGCACUCGUGGUCACGGCAAGGAGGCUAAGACCUUACUUCCAAAGCCACACAAUAGUAGUAAGAACGAAUCACCCAUUAAGGCAAAUAUUAACAAAACCUGAGCUGGCAGGACGAUUGACCAAAUGGUCGGUUGAACUCUCGGAGUUUGAUAUUCAGUUUCAGACCAGAUCGGCCCUCAAAGCACAAAUUCUCGCCGACUUUAUCACGGAAAUGACCUCAGACAAACACAUUGAAACAUGGGAGUUACAUGUGGACGGGGCAUCAAGCCGAGAAGGGAGCGGGGCUGGUAUAAUCUUAAAAGAGGGAAAUAAGGUGGUAGCCGAGCAGGCUCUCCAGUUUCACUUCUCGGCAAGUAACAAUCAGGCCGAGUAUGAAGCCCUGAUAGCGGGACUCAAGCUCGCCCUAAGCCACAAAGCGACGAACUUAACGGCACAUUGCGAUUCCCUCCUGGUGGUCCAACAAAUCCGAGGAGAAUUCCAGGUAAAAGAUCCCUUGCUAGAGCGAUACUGGCUCAUAGCAAAGGAUCUAAUUUCAAAUUUCAAUUCAUUCACCAUAAUACAUGUACAUAGAGAACAAAAUGUCAGGGCGGACAUACUAUCUAAGCUCGCCGCUACAAGGGCGGAGACACAAACAUCAACAUUAUCACAACACACACUCACAAAGCCAAGCAUUGAACUGUUAUCUAUUGAAAGCAUUAACCACCUCCAUGAUUGGAGGAGACCUUUCCUUGAAUAUAUCUGUACAGGCACCAUACCCAGGAACGAGCUUCAUCCUCAACAGUUCAGACGGAAGGCAAGCUUCUACACGAGAAUAUCAGGGGAGCUAUACAGACGAGGUUUCUCACAGCCAUUACUGAGAUGCCUAGACCAAGACCAGGCCCGAGAAGUAAUGAAUGAAGUCCAUGAAGGAGUGUGUGGGAACCACAUAGGAGGACGAGCUCUCGCCGCUAAGAUAAUCCGAACAGGAUACUACUGGCCGACCAUGAAGAGAGAUUGCAUAGCAAGGGUCAAAACAUGUGACAAAUGCCAGAAGCACGAGGCGAUCUCAACGAAGCCAGCCGAGGUAUUACACAGUAUGGAGGUGAGCUGGCCUUUCCACAGAUGGGGGCUGGAUAUCCUCGGCCCUUUCCCAACAGCACCAGGACAGGUAAAAUUCCUCUUGGUAUCCAUAGACUACUUCUCAAAAUGGAUAGAAGCACAACCCUUAGCAAAAAUAACGGCCGAAAAGGUACGAUCUUUUAUUUGGAAAAAUAUGAUCUGCCGCUUUGGAAUACCAAAAGAAAUAAUAUCAUACAAUGGUAGGCAAUUCACGGACAAUAAGCUCGGUUCAUUCCUAAAAAGUUUUAAUAUCCAACAUCGUUUUAGCUCGGUGGAACACCCACAAACUAAUGGGCAAGCCGAAGCUGCUAACCGAGUUGUGUUGCAGGCAAUAAGAAAGAAGCUUGAUAACGCGAAAGGAGAAUGGGCCGAACUCAUCCCCGAAGUACUGUGGAGUUACAACACCACAAUACAUAGCACCACAGGCGAAACACCUUUCAAGUUAGUCUACGGCUCAGAAGCACUAAUCCCCAUCGAGGUCAGAAUUCCAACGUUAAGAACCGAACUAUACGACGAACAACAGAACCUAAGGGCCAGAAAUGCCGAGCUUGACCUAGCCAAAGAAGAUAGAGAAAUCGCCGCCAUCAAGCAAAGGGCCCAAAAAAGAAUAAUGGAAAGAAAACGCAAUAAGAUGGUGAAUCCAAGGACAUUCAAGGAAAGCGAUCUCGUACUCAGACGAACAGAGGAGGCCAGGCGACCUCCAGCCCACGGCAAACUCGCUGCAAACUGGGAAGGCCCCUUCCGUGUAACCAAAGUGCUCGGCAAGGGGGCAUAUCAACUCCAAACACUACAAGGCAAAGCCAUUCCAGGAAACUGGAACGUCUCCUCACUCAAAAUGUAUAUGUCCUAG